UCAAGUACAUAGUGAACUUUAUGCUUUUAAGGAACAUCAUUUUAUAGUAGUAGCCCACAGUGGUUUCAGGACAGCUGCUGAUCUGCAAAACAUUUUCAGGAGUGGUAUCACAUUCAGUCCUGAGACUUUGGCCUCAGUUCUAGUGUACAGAACAGUGAGAGCCUUGGGGAGCUUUGGAAUAGUUAUGACCCCUCCCAUGCUGCUAUCUAGUAUGAGAGAAACCCAGUACUGUUUCCUUGUGAACAUCCGGAUGUAAUUUCCUACUGGUCCACAAGGUACCUGCCCCUCUGCUCUGGGAUUGCUUUUUCUUGAGCUGCCUCUACCACUCUGAAGAAUCUGAGAAGGUUCAGAGUGCUUUGGAUGAGCAUUUCUGCUGCUUAUCUCCUGAUUGUCUGACCAUUCAGGUGGGGAAGGAGGACGCCGCGAUGCACACGCUGUUUGCAGAGUCUUUUGCCACGCUGGGCCGGCUGGACAACGUCACCUUGGUGAUGGUUUUCCACCCACAGUAUCUGGAAAGCUUUCUCAAAACGCAGCACUAUCUGCUGCAGAUGGACGGCCCGCUGCCGCUGCACUACCGGCACUACAUUGGCAUCAUGGCUGCAGCACGACAUCAGUGCUCUUACCUUGUUAACCUCCAUGUGAAUGACUUCCUUCAUGUUGGUGGAGACCCUAAAUGGUUGAAUGGUCUGGAAAAUGCACCUCAAAAAUUGCAAAAUUUAGGAGAACUGAACAAAAUGUUGGCUCACCGACCCUGGCUUAUCACCAAGGAACAUAUUGAGCAACUUCUGAAGACAGAAGAGAACAGCUGGUCCCUGGCAGAGCUGAUCCAUGCAGUCGUUCUCCUUACACACUACCACUCCCUUGCUUCCUUCACGUUUGGCUGUGGGAUCAGCCCAGAGAUCGACUGUGAAGGGGGUCACACCUUCAGGCCCCCCUCUGUCAGUAACUAUUGCAUCUGUGAUAUAACAAAUGGUUACCACGGGGUGGAUGAAAUCCAUGCCAGCCCAGCUGGAAGCAUUCCAUCCACAGAGUCUGUCUGUGAAGUUGAAGCUCUUAUGGAAAAGAUGAAGCAGCUGCAGGAGUGCAGAGAUGAAGAGGAAGCCAGCCAAGAAGAGAUGGCCACACGUUUUGAAAGAGAGAAGAGAGAAAGCAUGUUUGUGUGCUCUUCAGAAGAUGAAGAAUCUGCAGCAACAAGAGACGUGUCUCGGCACUUUGAGGACACCAGCUAUGGUUACAAAGACUUCUCCCGACACGGAAUGCACGUGCCCACCUUUCGUGUUCAGGAUUAUUCCUGGGAAGACCAUGGCUAUUCCUUGGUUAAUCGUCUUUAUCCAGAUGUGGGACAACUACUUGAUGAGAAGUUCCAUAUUGCUUAUAAUCUGACUUACAACACAAUGGCCAUGCACAAAGAUGUGGAUACCUCAAUGCUAAGACGAGCUAUUUGGAACUAUAUUCAUUGUAUGUUUGGAAUAAGAUACGAUGAUUAUGACUAUGGUGAAAUUAAUCAGUUGUUGGACCGCAGCUUUAAAGUUUAUAUCAAGACUGUGGUUUGCACUCCUGAAAAGACCACAAAAAGAAUGUAUGAUAGCUUCUGGAGACAGUUUGAACACUCUGAGAAGGUCCAUGUAAAUUUGCUUCUGGUAGAAGCUCGGAUGCAAGCCGAACUACUUUAUGCUCUGAGAGCUAUUACUCGCUAUAUGACCUGAUGUCUCUGGCUGCCUGUCGACGUUGGAAUGUUCUGCAGCUGCAGUAUGGCAGAGGAAGAUACGAAGCCUCAGGACCAACAGUAGCUAUAAGUUAAGAUGCCCAUUGUGCCAUAACUCCUUUAGUUUCAGCUAUUUCCAUGUUUGGAAUAUCAUUGCUGCCGCUGGGCAGCGAACGCUUGGCAGUUGACAGACAGGGUUGUGCAGAAGUGCUGCCUGCUCAUGGUAUUUUGGCUUUAGACAGCCCGGGACAUUCUCUGAACUUGUGGCAAUAUAGCAAACCAUAGAUACAUAGAUCUUGUGUUAAGGCAAAUACUGCGGGAGUCGGAGUGUGAAAAGAGCUGGGACUUGAUGGCAUUUGCUUUCCCUACGAGAAUAAUUCUAGAAAAUCUUGAUGCUGCUAUUUGUGCAGGUGGAGUGAACAGACCCAGGCUGUUCCAGUUGAGCUAGAAGUGAAAGUGAGCACUGCUAUUGUCUGAGCCUUUAUUGUGUGUGGUUUCAAAAAAGCCUUGUUAUUUAGAUUCCCUGUUUAAUCAGAACUAAACCUCUUCUGUCCACACUGAUAAUUUGAAAGAUAGCAGUCAAUUUUCUCAACUAGUUUAGCCUUAAAAACAGGAUGUUUGUUCAGCAUUAUUUCAUGAGCUCCAAAGUGCAAUGGUCUUCCGAUGGAAAGAAGGGGACUGGAGUCCUCAAAGCUUCUUAGAGAUCUACCUACACAAAGUGUCAAGUAGCUUCUUGUCCUCCUUUUCAUGGAUGAACCAAGAAGGAGCUAGGAAAAGGUGUGGGAAUAUUGUUCUAGACUGCCAAACAGUCCUACUGUAUUACAUGCCCAACGCUGGUCUUAAUGAUUUUUGCAGUGCUUAAAUAACUAGGCUAAAAAACAUCUAUUUUUAGUAAAUCAAAACGUGAUUAAAAUGCUGACGUUUAAUAUACAGUGGUUUUGGAGAACACAUGAAUACUUUUGUAUGAGUGUGAAUUGCUUUUUAAAUUUGUCAGUAUUACUGGUAUUUUUGAAAUAAAGGUAACAACUUUUUCUCUUGG